AUGUCACUUGCAGUACCAUUGCGCCCGAUCGAUGCCAGCGCCCGCAGUGUCCCAUAUGUGCUUUCGCAAGGUAACUCACGAGGCUCGCGCGAUCGCGGCGGGUCUGCGGACCGUCCGUGGCGCGUGGACCGUGGGGCUCGGAGAUCGGAGAUCGGAGGGUGGAGGGUGGUUGUGGGGGCCGCGGCUGCGCUUACGCACGCAAACCUGAGCUCAUUCAUGCAGAACGGACGGCGGAGCCGCUACCGUGCACAGCUAGAUCCCUUCACCACAAAGAUUUGGCCCCCGCGCGCGCCGCUCGGCCGCUCGGAGAUGACUCGUGCGAGUGGGUUGGGUAUACCUGAGUCUGCGGGGGGUCCUUGGGAAUGGAAGGGCGGCGGAAUGGACGCGCGCGUCAUCUUCCUCGUCGUCGUCGUCGUGCUCGAGGUCGAGGCCGUUCGCUGGAAGGAAUUCGAAGGGCCCGAGACUCGACGCUUGAUCAUGCUUGAUAACGCAGUGCGACCUGCGGGCCCGCUGGGACAGUCACGGUGGCGCGGUUCGGGCGUGGUUCUGUCGGUGCGCGCACGCGUCGAACGUUCUUCUGCCCAUCGCUGUCGCCGUCGCCGCGAUCCGUCCGGGCAGAAGCCUGCGGAAGCUGAUGCCCGCGACGCAGCGUCAGCAGCGGCCACAGCAAACGGCGGCUCGGGCGAGCGGAACUCGAGGCUUCUGCCACCAGAACACGGCCUUUUCCGCGCCGGUCUGUGCUCGCUGCGCAGCUGUCUGACGGUGGGCCUGCUCCGGUCGGUGGGACUGGCGAUCUCGGUGUUCGGGAUUAGGCUUCCCGCAGGAGUGAGCCCAUUUGAACGCGCCCGUGCGCGCCUCAGCGUCGCGUCAUGGGACCCCGUGACCGCGUCGGACGGCGGAGGCGCCAAUCAGGCGCUUGAACGACCCACCACGAUGACGAGGACUGGUCUGACUCGGAUCCGGAGCUUCGUCUGUGUCUUGAUCUGGUCUGGACAGGACCUCGAGGUUCAAAGGCUUGCAUACACUCUUUACCUGUGCAGGCCCCGAGGCUCCUUUCGCAGGCUGCCAUCGCGCACAUUUUCGAAACUGGCACCAUCAAACCCUGCUCGCUCCUUCCACGACGCGGAGCACACGACUGACUGCACGAUAACUUUGCGCGCGGGGAAGCUAGCCAUUCUGCACACGCACGAUCUCUCGGGCCUCGCCGUGAUCAGGGUGGCGCUAGUUUCUCGGAUCCUCGAGGCCUCAAAACGUCAUCUCUUCAACCGUACAUCAUUCCCUAUCAUUCCCUGGCACGGUGCUGCGUUCGGCCAGGUCCUGAGGGCUGAGGCCGCACCAGGCCGCACCGCCCACGAAAGAUCAAAGACCUGCCAGUGCCACGAGCAUCAGGUCAGGUUUUCGCGGCGGCGACCUCUUCGCCUUCGCACUUGUCGGGGCUCGGCCGUGACCUCGUGCGGUACGACGAGAUCCGCCAUGCGGUGGAAUGCGCCGUGUACUACGACAAGCGGGGGCGGGGCGGAUCCAGAGGACAGACGAAGGAAGGACGUCCGUGUCCUCGCGCCGCCACGACAAAGCCUCGUCGUCUUCACAGCGCGUUACCGGAUCAGCCUCGCGCGCGGGACGGUCGACGCGUUUCAGAGGGCCAACCCAGACGCGCGCGUGCCGCGGUGUGCCUCCGAACGCUCGACCAUUGCGCAAUCCCAUCCGCGCUCGUCGCAAAAGCGUGAUGACCGCCCGCUCCCGCGCACACACCAGUCAGGGGUCGGGCUCGGUGACACUGACGGCGCUCGCCCUCCGGGGAGCGACGAGCCCCGAGCAAGCAAAGGCGUGGAUCACGCGUGCCAUUGGCGGGUGACCGCGGACACCUCCACUGAUACCGCGCGUGAUCGCGCAGGACGUCGCGGUCGAACGCGGCCACCUGACUUCCGAGCCCGUCGCGGGCUUGCCAACGCGACGCGUCCCCCGUCGGGCCUCGACGAUCCGUGGGGCCCGCACGCCACCGCGCUCUAUCCCCGCCCAACGUUCAACCCUCAAGGAAGGCUCGGGAGGUGUGCGGACGAAGAUGGUCGCGCAUGUACUCACGCAGCUCGGGCAUGGAGUCGAACGACGCCACAAGUGCGUCUUCGCGAAGGCCUGUUACGAGAGCACGGGUGCGGAGUUGCGAGCCACCCCACCAAGUUCACGGGCCCGUGUCCCUUGGCGUUCUUUGAUCCACUGCCCCCACAAAUAUUGGACGCCGUCGGAGAAUGUCCUGGCCGAGGACACCGCAGCGAAGCGCGCGCGAGUUCGUCGUGGGCGGUCCAGACCGCGUCCUCGGGCCCAGCGCCAGUUCUUCCCGCGACGAUGAGCUUUUCCGCACGAUCCAAUAGCGACGCGCAUCUGGGAAGCUUGGAAGGUGGCUCUCAAUCUCCAUCGGCAUCCAUGGCCACUCUCGAUCCAUGGCGAUUGCAAUCACGAUCCGCCGCGCGCAAGCCGCUGGAACUGCGAACGGACACGUGCAACGCCUCGCGCCGGGCAAUGUCGUACGUUCUUGCUUGCGUGGGGCCCUCACUCACAUGCUGCGGCGUUCCAGGCGUUCGCCCAUCGACACAGCCCUCUCAUCGAUACCGGCUCGACAUACACGCGAACGCCGUCUUCGCACCCCCGGAAGCAAGACGCCAGGUCCGACCCCCGCGCAUUACACGAUCUGCCACAUCGCGUCGCCGUCCUUCUCAGCAGCACAUAUGGGCGGAACGUCGUAUUCCAUUCGGAGAGCAGAUGCGACGCGCUGGGCGGGCAUUCCAUGCCACCGCCGGGGGUCGUGCGCUCUGCGGGGCCGGCUUCUCCACGUUUCACCGCACUCUCGCCGCUGCCGGCGGGAGGGAGGGCGGCGCGGUCUUCCGGCGCGUGCGCCCCGCCUGCGUGCGCGUGCUAAGAUCGGUAAGCUCACGCGCGGGCCUGUCAGCUUGUGUAGUUACGCACCUCCCCCUCCUCGUCGAGAUCUUCACGAGCCAGGGAUCAGAGGUCGAAACCCAGGCCGACUCUGAUGGUGAAUAUGGCCUUCGGAGGCCCAGCGUCGUCGCCACCCUCAGCCACAGAUUCGCCGCGCGCGGGGUGCCCGGGACCGCACAAGCCCCCAACGGCAGGCGCCGCGCCGGGUCGAAGGCCCCGUGGUGGCAUGCGGCUAUGUACUGGCUAGAUGAGAACGGAUGGGAUGGCCUGACAUCCGGUCGACCAGGGUUAAACUGA